CACGGGCCAUUUUUGGCGGUACCUUGCCAACGGGGGAUUUUUAUUAAUAUCGUGAGUGUGUACACGGUACAUAAUUUAGACUUAAAAGCCAUUAAUGGUGGAGCUAGAAGCUCUUGAAGAAGAAGAAAAAUAUGCUAUCUAGAGAGAGAAAUAGUAAACGGCAGGGGAGAGUGUGAUUUUUUGCCUCCUUUCACAUUGAGGGGAAGCCCUCCUUUUAUAGGAGUAGUUGGAGCAUCUACGGAUGAAUAUUCUAUUAUUCCUCCACUUUAUUAAACAGGCCUGGUUUGACUGUCCUUCGUAAAUAAUUGGGAAAUGUGGGCCGAGCCACAUAUUAUUUCCCAUCAAGAAGUCCUCCACUUUUUUAUGUUGUGAGAAUCAUCAACUUAAAAAAGUAAACAAGUCCUCCGAGUGAUAUUUUCAGUCUUCGUACUUUGGAUUCUUGGCCGGUUGAUAUUAUUGCUAGUCUUCCGAGUCUUCAUUAAUUAUUUAAUUUCUUAAAUCAGAAAUUUUUCCUGCAAAAAAUAAUAUGUACAACAUUUUUUUUUGAGCGGCCUAUGUCGUGCUCAAAAAAUUAUUAUCUUUACCGAGAAGCUCGGUGUUAGGGUGGUUAAAAUUCGCGUGAAUAAUUAUCGUAACAAGAGCGAUGUCAGUUCGAUAAAGCAACGAUGCUUCGAGUAGUUAUACGACACCGGAGUUAGUACGAUGAAGCGACGGUGCUUCAAGUAGUUAUUUCGUCGAGACCGAUGUUAGUACGGAUUAAGUAACGAUACAUAGCGAAAUUAUUAUAUUGAAGUAAUCGAUGUUACUUAAUACGAAUUAAGUAUGUUGCAGCAACUUUGUCGAAGAUCGAUGUUAGCCCGGCUAACUGAUGCAAAUAUCUUCAUGUCAUGUAGAGACCACUUCCAGAGUGCAUUGUUCAAAGGGCCUGAAGAAUCGGGCGUCCCCGAUAAGGGCUCAGCUGAGCCACCGGUGUACCCAAUUCGAUUGAGGUCAGACUUACGAGAAAAUAUGUGCAAGACCGGUGUGUAUAUCAUUCUUGGCCUGUCUCGCGCACAAGAAUGAUAUUUACCAGCGUGCCAGGCCGGGGCCCUUGUCACAUAUUUUAAUAUUUUUUUAUUAUACUGAGCAAGACCGGUGUAGUAACCAGCGUGUCAGGCCGGGCCUGUGUCUUAGUCUUUCUCUUUUUUUUAAUACUGAGCAAGACCGGUGUUGUAACCAGCGUACCAAGCUCGGCUUGUGUCUCAGUCUUCCCUCCGAAUUCGUCCAUAGGGCAUGUGUAAAUACCCAAAUUAUUGCUCCAUCAUGCUUGGUGCAAUGUAACAUCACUUGUUAGUGGUGGGGCCCAUAAUAAAUAGGUGGGGAGUUAUCUCAUCCUCUUCCCGUGAUGUUCAAUGCACUUGCAUCUCCCAAAAUGAUCAAUUGGUGGGACUCUUGUGAAACAUGUGGGAAGCUUUUUUCUCCCUCCUCCGUAAGGUUCAAUGCAUAUCUUCAAGAUCAAUUAAUGGGACCCCAAAAAUAAUAAAAAGAGCGCAAUUUUCCUUGCUCGCUAGUAGUUGCCACUUGCCAUCCAUUCUUUUUUUAAAUCGGACCUUUCCUUCGCAGCACCUUCCCCUUUUUUGUUGCCCUGUUCUUGUCGUCUUCUUCGUGUAUGUGUCCAUCGAUCAGGCUGAGAGACCCGCCGGAAAAAGAUGAUGCCCGUCCUUGGUCUUCUUCUGUCGUUGGAAUUGAGUAGUCACGCCGAUUGGGUCUCCCCCUUGUUGCUUAAGUCUCCUCUGAAGCUUGCCGGAAAUAGUGAGGCGACGGAGGAAGGCUGCUGGAGACUGGUUCGAGCAGCUGGUUCGUCGCCGGAUGAAGCUUGUUGCCGACGAUUGGCUGCGCCAGUGGUGGAGAGGCGCGGGUCGGGCCGCGAAAUCUGGGUCGCGCAUAGCCUCCCUUUCAUCCCUCGCUGGUUUUUUGUACUAUCAAUGUCGAUGCCUGGUUGCAAUGGAACCAUUCGUGACCAUGGACCUCCGACAUGGCGGUUGUGGCGCCAUGCCCAAAGACAACCACCAAUUUCAGAUCUCUUAGGAACCACGACAGAAUUUAGAGGCCGUAGAUCAAUGGUAAAUACGAGCGGCGAGGCGCAGUGCUGGUAGCGGAAUUCCAGGGGCACCAGAUGGUUUUCAGCGAUGGGAACAAAAAACUCUAACGACUGCGGCAAGUCUAGUCCUCCAAUGUUGCGGAUCUAGCUAGAUCCGCUGCGGGGAGGGCCUCUGCUGUCCGUUCAGUUGUAGAGACCGUUCCGUCAAGUGGGUGUUAGGCUCUGUAGUCGUCCAUGGCGGUCUUGAGGGAUGGCGGUCGACGAUGGCGUACUCCGAAAUCUUCUUUGAUUUGAGAAGGGACCUCCAAUAGUGGCAACGUAACAAUCAGUGAUUGGUGGCUGACUUUAGUGGCAGUGGUUGUAGUUGAUAUCAGCGGCGAACAAAUCUGGAAAUUUUAAUGAAAUUGUUGCAGCAUGGCGGUCCUCUUCCUCUUCAACAUCGGUGGCGACAAGCUCUCCAAAAUAAUGGUGGUUGAUUUGAAGAGUGGUGACGACGGUGGACAUGGGGUGUUUUUGCGAUGCUGUUGGCAAACCUAGUGUGGGCGGUGACGAACUUGGGCGGCUUCAUUGACCUACGCUGGUUGUGAGAACAAGUUGCGGUGGCGUGGGGUCUGAGCAACGCUGUCGGUAGACUCCGGCAGCCACAUCGAACGUAGAUUUAGUAGCUGCGGCGAGGGGCGGCUACAAAAGCUCCAGGGGCAGCAACAAUGGCAGGCCUUUGUGGCCAUGCUAUGUCUUCUCUGUCCGUGAUCUUCCUCUUUUCUCCCCUUAGUUUUUGUAAAACAUAAGAAUAGAGCACCUGCUAUAUGUUCAUAUAGGCUAAACUUUAAUUGGCAAUUUUUCUUGGAGUUUCUCUCUUUGACACUCCAAAACUCUCCUCUCUUUUUUUUUUUGCUUUUGUUGGUAGGAUAGUAUAGGUUAUGUAGGAUGGCCGAACAAAAACAGAGCUUUUUGUUCUAGUCCCACGGGUGGCGCCAAAAUGAUGAUGUAAAUUAUCGACCUGUAUAUCGUUUAUAGCCCGGCAAAAACGAUAAACUAGUCUAAAAGUACACCAAAAUAUAAACACAGGGAUUUUGACGUGGAAACCCAAAUCGGGAGAAAACCACUGGCCUUUUUUGGCGGUACCUUGCCAACGGGGGAUUUUUAUUAAUAUCGGGAGUGUGUACACGGUACAUGAUUUAGGCUUAAAAGCCAUUAAUGGUGGAUCUAGAAGCUCUUGAAGAAGAAGAAAAAUAUGCUAUCUAGAAAGAGAAAUAGUAAAUGGCAGGGGAGAGU